CUCCUGCAAAUCCUCAAAAUGACCCCUGGAAUCACAAGGUUUGUUGUGUACAGAGUCAGUGACAUCAAGACAUGUUUUCAGCUAUUUAUGCCAUUGUCACUAAAAAGAAUCAUCAUUAAUACGAUGAACCUUGAAGGAAAAAAAAGACCAGAAAUGCAAAAAAUAUUGAUUUUCAGGUCCCACGGGUUAAACAUUUUCCCACCAGAGUUAACGAUUGCGUCUCAUAGGACACUCCCAUAAACUCUGUAUAAAGACCAAACAUCAGUGCUCACUUGUUACAUCGGCAGAGUAAUUCCUCAAGGGAACUUCUUGGUCUCAUUAGCAGAGAGUGAAAAUGGUUGAGUAUGAAGUGACCGUGUUCACUGGCAAACUGGACUUGGCCUCUACGUUUGACGAUGUCUACAUUAAACUGGUCGGCUCAGACGAGAGCCCCCGAACGCAAAUCCCAAGGAAGUGGAUACCAUCUCUCAAAGACACAGAGUCACACUUAAGUAUAUCCUGCCCAAAAUCCCUUGGAAAGCUGGUGCUGGUAGAGUUACAGAAACAGAACAGGUUUUUUGAAGACUCUUGGCAUCCUGCUAAGGUAGAAGUGAAAUCCCCUGAGGGACACACCUACCACUUUCCCGUCUACCAUUGGAUCACUGACAAUGAGGUGCACUACAUCAGAGAGGGCACAGCUCUCACAGUCUUUGAAGACAAAUGUUCUGUUGACGGGUACAGUCGGGAGGAGGAGAUUAAAAAGCAACAAAAAGUUUAUUGCUGGGAUGUGUAUGAAGAAGGGAUUCCCCACUGCCUGAAGGCAGAUGGUCUUACAUCUCUGCCCUAUGACAUCUGCUUCUCUUUCACUAAGUAUGCAGAGAUAACCUACACUGCAACCACAGGAUUGAUAGAACUGGAACUGAUACAAAUAGCAGAGUGUAAGAAAAAUUUUACUUGCAUAGAGGAUAUUAGCCGCCUGUCACAUGUGCAUCAAUCAGUCACGUCAGAUUAUGUUCAGAAACAUUGGAAGGACGAUGCUUUCUUUGGCUACCAGUUUCUAAAUGGCGUCAACCCCAUAUUGAUCCGACGCUGUACAGCACUGCCAGACAACUUUGGUGUCACUGAUGAAAUGGUUUUUUCCAAUGGUCAACAUAAUUUGGCAGAGGAAAUGAAGAAGGGCAACAUCUUCCUGUGUGACUACAAGCUUUUGGAUGGAGUGCAGGCAAACACCAUCAAUGGGAAGCAACAGUUCUUGAUGGCUCCACUUGUUCUGCUCCAGAAAACUAAUGAUGAUAAGCUGAUGCCAAUUGCUAUUCAGCUGAAGCAGAAACCAGCAGAGGACAACCCGAUCUUUCUUCCUACUGAUUCAGAAUACGACUGGUUGUUGGCCAAGAUCUUUGUGAGAAGUGCAAACUUCAACCUUUAUGAACUUAAUGCUCACCUGCUGCGCACUCACCUGCUGGCUGAGGUUUUUGCAAUGUCAGUGUUCCGUAACUUGCCCAUGGUUCACCCUCUGUACAAGCUCCUCAUACCUCACACUCGCUACACUCUAAACAUCAACUUCUUAGCUCGGAAACUGCUAAUAUCUAAGAAUGGAUUUUUCAGUCAGUUUACAGCUUCUGGUGGAGAGGGUGUUUUCACAAUCCUGAAGAAAUCGCUGUCCUCGCUGACCUACAGCUCCCUCUGUAUCCCCGAUGAUAUUGCAGAGCGUGGGCUGAAAGAUGUGCCAAACUUCCACUACAGGGAUGAUGGACUGAAGCUCUGGGACAUCAUACACAGAUUUGUGAAGGGCACACUCAGCUUCUACUACAAGACUGACGUUGAGGUCGAGCAAGACUCUGAACUGCAGGCCUGGAUUAAGGACAUUUUUCAAUAUGGAUUCCUUUCACUAGAAAGCACUGGAAUUCCACAAAAAUUCACCACUGUGGAUGAGAUGGUCAAGUUUGUCACCAUGGUGAUCUUCACUUGCUCUGCUCAGCACUCAGCUGUCAACUCUGGACAGUAUGAUUUUGGUGCCUGGAUGCCCAACAGUCCUACCUCCUUGCAGCUUCCUCCACCAACAAAAAAGGGGAUAGCAACUGAGAAAACAAUGCUGGACUGCUUCCCCAGUGUUAACACAACAGUGCAUGGCUUGGCUGUGAUGUGGCUACUCAGCAAGCAGUCCUCUGACCGUGUCCUUAUUGGCCAGUACCCAGAGAUGCGUUUCACUGAGGAGUUUCCUCUCCAGAAGAUAAAGGAAUUUCAGGAAGAGCUCAAAAAGCUGAGUGCAGACAUCAAGACCAGAAACUCAAGUUUGGACCUGCCAUAUAUAUACUUGGAUCCAGAUGUGGUCGAAAACAGUGUGUCCCUGUGAAUAUUAGAAUGCAGCUCCUCCUUCUUCUUCAGAUUCAGAUUAAUAAAAAGAAGCAAAGAGGAAAGCAUGUGGUCUGAAUCAUAACUAGUUCUGAUGAUUUAUCUUUUGUUAUUAGUCAUCAUUUUUAAUCUACUUUUUUAGUUUAUCAGUAAGUACAAGGAAAGGGAAUAGACCCAGAAGUUUUUGAGUGAAUAUGGUCUGCUUUGGUGUGGGGUUUUUUUUAAUUUGUCUUAAAACAUGAAUUAAUCUUCUUUUUUAUUUUGCUUGAUUACUAUUGUAGCAUCUCUUUCAUCUUUAGAAAGGGGGCGCAUGGAAAAGCUUGUGGUCUGAUUUAUAAUUGAUUCUAAUGAUUGAAUUUGUCUUUUACAAUGUAAAUACAAUUUAAAUCUCAGUUUUUUUUUUAAUGAGAAAGGAAAUAGGUGAGGUUCUUGAAUAUUCUUUUCUUUUUUUGUCUGUGUAAAUUAAUUGAUCUGUUUUUUUUCUUUUUACACUGUGUUGUGUGCUUAGUGUUAGUAGCUUUCACUAACUGCUGAGUUCAUCUACUGUGAAUGCUGAUAUUAAAAAACGAGUCAAACAAAUAUUUUAAUUCUUUCAAACAGGAAAAUGAAUCAUUUAUUGUACUCUAUUUUGGCAAAGCUACACACAGACACUCUGAGCCACCAGUGUCUAUAAUACGUUCCUUCAUUUAAUCACCUUAAUUAUUUUAUUGUACUGAUGAGAAAAAAAACUGUCUUUCUGCCACAUUGUGAUCAUGUUGAAACAUUAAA